CUUGUUUGUUUUGUCCAUUCCCUGAGAAUCGAUACAGACAUCGCUCCAGGAGUAUACAGCGCUGAGUGUAAUGUUCAAACUUCUACGCACCCUCCAUUCCAUGAUGGUGCGGUGGGAGGGUACACAACGAAUAAUUCUGCUAGGAUGUGGUUCAUUCAAUCCGCCAACGAUCAUGCAUCUGAGGAUGAUGGAAGUUGCUCGCGAUUACCUGGAGAGAGAACUCAAAUGUACGGUUUUGGAAGGUUUGCUGAGCCCAGUGGCCGAUUCAUUCAGCAAGCCGAAUCUUGCAUCUGCAAUCCAUCGCCUGGCUAUGGUAGAAGCGGCCACUGCGCAGUCUUCGUGGCUCCGAGCUGAUGGUUGGGAAUGUGGACAACAAACAUGGUCAAGGACGUUGGCAGUACUACAACAUCAUCGUGAUGAAGCACAGCAGAAGCUACAGAAGGAAGUCCGAGUGGCGUUGGUGGUUGGUGGAGAUGUUGUGGACUCCUUUACUCGAAUCCUUCCGAAUGGCGAUAAUCUGUGGCACCCCGACGACAUUCGAGACAUCAUCACAAAGUUUGGCCUCAUUGUUCUCACCAGGGAAGGUGCCAAUCCCAUGGGAACUCUCAAAUCCAUGCCUAAUUUGAAAGAUGUUGUGGACCAAGUUCUUUUGCUAUCCGAUGAUGUGUGCCCUUGCAGUGUUAGCUCUACCAAUAUACGUAAAGCUUUGGCAGCUAACAGAUCCAUCAUGUAUGCUACACCGUAUCCUGUUAUCGAAUAUAUACGCAAACACGGUCUUUACGCUCAAACAAAUGCUAAUACUACCCAUCAUUUUACAAUACCUUCUAAGUGACUAUUCACCUUCAUUCCCCUAUCUGUCCAACUAUUUGAUUCACUAGUCACAAUUUGGGCAUUGUGCAUUGGCAUUCUGUAUAGCAUAUAACGAACCAUUUUCGAUGACCAACU